CUAGCCCCUGCCUGCCUGCCUGCGACAGCACAGCAGUGGUGUGGUCGCUGUGAACGCACAUUACCGGGAAGAAAAAGCACUCCACACGUAGUGAAGGCCUCUGCCACACUGAAAGCCCUGUUUCAGCCAACAGCGACGACGGGUAUAAACACACAUAUACACAUUUUCCGAUCUUAGUUGCUGGGGUUUUUUUUAUUUGAUAGCGUUGUUUAAAAAAAUUUUUAAGAAAAGACUAAAAAAAAGGCAGUCCUCAUAAUGGCGACAGCUGCGGUGUCUGCCCCUGCUGGCUGCGGCCCCAGCCCCGGGUCCGGAACAGAGCUGGUCCGCGGGCAGGCCUUCGACGUCGGGCCUCGGUACAGCAACCUCUCCUACAUCGGGGAAGGAGCCUACGGCAUGGUGUGCUCUGCCUAUGACCGGGACAACAAGAUACGUGUGGCCAUUAAGAAGAUCAGCCCCUUUGAGCACCAGACGUACUGCCAACGCACCCUGAGGGAGAUAAAAAUCCUUCUGCGCUUCAAACAUGAGAACAUCAUCGGAAUCAACGACAUCAUCCGCACACCAACCAUUGACCAGAUGAAGGAUGUAUAUAUUGUCCAGGAUCUCAUGGAGACAGACCUGUACAAGCUCCUGAAAACUCAACACCUGAGCAACGACCACAUCUGCUACUUCCUCUACCAGAUCCUACGAGGGCUCAAGUACAUCCACUCUGCCAACGUCCUGCACCGCGACCUGAAGCCUUCCAACCUCCUGCUCAACACCACCUGUGAUCUCAAGAUCUGUGAUUUUGGUUUGGCUCGUGUGGCUGAUCCCGACCAUGAUCACACUGGUUUCCUAACAGAGUAUGUAGCCACUCGUUGGUACCGAGCACCUGAGAUCAUGCUCAACUCCAAGGGCUAUACCAAGUCCAUAGACAUCUGGUCAGUGGGUUGCAUCCUGGCAGAAAUGUUGUCCAACAGGCCAAUCUUUCCCGGGAAGCACUACUUGGAUCAGCUUAACCACAUUUUGGGGAUCCUGGGUUCUCCGUCUCAGGAGGAUCUCAACUGCAUCAUCAACAUUAAGGCCAGGAACUAUCUUUUGUCACUGCCUUUGCGCUGCAAAGUGCCGUGGAACCGCCUCUUUCCCAACGCUGAUCCCAAAGCUCUGGAUUUGUUGGACAAGAUGUUGACCUUUAACCCUCACAAGAGAAUCGAGGUGGAGGAGGCCCUGGCACACCCCUACCUGGAGCAAUAUUACGACCCCACAGAUGAGCCGGUUGCUGAGGCCCCAUUCAAGUUUGACAUGGAGCUGGAUGACCUACCCAAAGAGACACUGAAGGAGCUCAUCUUUGAAGAAACUGCACGUUUCCAGCCUGGAUUUAGGUCCUAACAUCUCACACGGAUGAUUCUGUGGACUGGCUCCUGCAUUGCCACUGCUCCUCCCCGCCUCCACACUGUUGCUGUGAUGGGUUUUUUGGUUUUGGUUUUUUAUUUUCCUCUCCUGUUGACCACAUCACCUGGAUUCCUUGGGUCUCACUCGUCAAGUCCACUUUGCUCAGGAAUGGCGUCAGGAAUCAAUCAAUCAAUCAAUCAAUCAAUCAUCCUCUAUCUCUCUUUCUGUUACCUUUUUUUUCUCUCUCUGAGGCGAGGGGGAGGGGGGCUCACAUCACAGCUUACAGUUUGGGGGUGAUUUUGUGUUUUAAGCCAAGAUAAACAAUUUUUUUGUGUGUCUCAAAAGGCGUUUGGCUCUGGCUAUUUCCUAUUCAAGACCUUUUAUGUCCAGUUGAAUGACAGUGAUAGACUAGCUGUUGUGUUUUUUGGUGCAGCUGUCGUGGUUAUAACUCUGCCUACAUUGCACAAACAAUGGUAGAUUACUUUUAAGAAUCAUCCAUCAUAGAGGUCUUUUGAAUUUUCUAACCUUUUGUCGCACUGUUACAAGGGACACCUUGAUCUCUUAUCUUUUUUCUCUCUAUCACUUUUGAAAAAAGAAAAACCUGAAUUAAAUAAACUGAUUUAUGCAAUGAAAUCACAUAAUCAGCCAGAGACUUUGCAGGCCACAAGCCAUCACUCUGUGUUGAUGAGGAUCUAUAUUUUAACAAAGACCUUGUAUUUCCUUAACACACACACACACAGACACAGUCCCAAAUGCAAAUAUAUAUAAAUAUAUAUAUAUAUACAUAUAUAUAGCCCAAAGAGUCUUAAGAAUAUUUCAAUGGCAAGGGUGAUUAUAGAAGGUGAAUCAGAUACAUUUCUAAUCUUUUUUUCCUUUUAUUAAAAACUAAAAAUGCCCGUUUUCAUUUCUCAUUGGCUUCAGUAAGAUGUCAGGUUGUGUAUGAAAGCACCAAAUUACAGGUGCAUUGAACGGUUUUCGCCAUCAAUUUCUGCCUUAGCCAUGAGAAACUAAAGUAAAGGUCUGUUUAUUUCAUACAAGUCUGUAUGUACAGUAUGAUAUUUUUCAUAUGGGGGAAAAUUUACUGCGUCAGGACAAGAAUUCAGUUGUCACCACUCGUUUCAUGUGGAGGAAAUGUUGUCAUGCCUCCCUUUUCGUCCUGUUUCAUGUUUUUCUUUUUCUUCUUCAGUCUCUGUUAAUCUCUCUUUCGCCUUGUUAGAAUAAUACUGUGCCCUUUGCAUGACUGUUAUAAGCUCUGUAUACAAAGACGAUGAUGUUAAGUGCCACACAAGCCGGGCAGAUCCGCUGGGAGAGCGCCCAGGCUCUUUCUGUUCUACCUUUUGUGGUAUAUCACACUUCCCAAUCACAUGGUGCUUUUUGUCCUGUUUCUUUUGCUUCAGCAUUCUCUUCGUCUGUUUUCAUUUUGUUUCCAUUGGUGUUAAAGUCUACAGACUUCGAUCUCCUUGUUUUUAGCCAAACUCCAUCUGCAUGCUAAGAGGUCUUGUUAUGGUUGCAAAUAGGAGAAUAACCAUAUAUCUGUAUUUAUAUCACAAAAAACACCAAACGUGUUGUUUCCUGGGCCUGAUAAAUGGGAUCCAGGCGUGAUACAGUUGAAAUGAUACUCAAAUGUAACAGAUCAUGUUUUACUUUUCAUCCUUUGGAACAUUUUUUGCUACAAAUUGCACAUUAUCACGCCGAUGACAGUUGGCAGUGUCAGUACCAGCAGACGGCUGCAGUAGAAUUUAUCACCAUAUUUUCACUUCUUGUCAACCACUGAUUUAAGACUGUUGAAUUCAUCGACUCUAUUUCAAGCAAAAGGAAUUAUGACUUUAAAGAUUAUAUUUGUGGAAACUUUGUAAGAAAAACAAGCCAGAAGCACCGAGGCUUCAUCAACCAACCGUGUCAUUUUAGUUCAGUAUCACUGCAGCGUCUAACGUCUGUCUUUUCUGUUUGUUUACAAGUGGGCCUCAGUUAUACUCAUUUUACACCUAGCCCUUUCUGUUCGGUUACAGUACUGCAACUUCAAAAGAAAAGCUCAUUUGGUAAUGUGUGAGUGACCUAAUGAAUGAAACAAAGUAGUAUUAUUUACAACACUAAAGCAUCUCAGAGUAGAUUAAUCGGAAGGCAGAUCUUACCUGAAUGAAUUCUUCAAGAAUCUUUCUCCACUGGCACUUAAAGUGAUACAUUAGAGCCUUCAGAGUCUUCAACCUAAAAUAAGACCAUUUUAGGAGCAUCGAGCUGCUUUGGCUGAUUUUUUUUUUUUAUUUGUUCCAGUGACGACAACGAUGUAUGUGAUCUGUGACAAAAGUAUUAGCCGAGCUGUAAACUACAUUUCUGUCAGAGGAUUAGUGAAGUUAAACUCAACUGUUGAUUGGUAUUCUACAUUUGCAUACAUGUCAAAAAGCAAGUUUGAGUUGAGCAUUUCUGAGGGCAGAGCUGCUCCGGUCGACUUAAAUCCCAGUGGACAGAGCCAAAGAACCACAGUUUUACUUUGUGUUUUUCUUUUCUUCUGGCUGAAUAAUGUCAGACUGAAACUGAGGGGGAAAGUAGGGACUAAGGGAGGAUUCUAACUAACUUCUGAAAUUCACUCAAGCCAUAAUCAGUCAGUCAGUCAGUCUGUUGCACCUCUGACCACACCCAACAGCGAUGUCACGGUGUACUGACACACCCUGGAGUACACUUUUACAUCACUGCAGCCAGACUAGAAGUUAAAAGCACUGGAUGUAAAGCAAGAUUUUCAGAUGCUGGUCAAUACAUAUUAAUCUGUAAUCAAGUAAGAUAACUAGCCUGCAACAAAUGUGUCUUGU